GGAUUGACAUGAAUUUUGGGCAGAGUAUUGCAUUGUUCAAAGUUGGAUACAAGUGAUGGAUAAGAGUUGGAUGCAAAAGUCAAGGGUGAGCUUGGAAUAUGUUAAGGGCAUGAAGGAAUUCAUUGAGUUUGCAUUCAACAAUGCUGCUAGCGAGGGAAAGAUCUUAUGUCCAUGUGUAAAGUGCGCCAACCUCUUUUGGCGUGCUCAUAAAGAAGUGGUAGAUCAUCUUGUGUGUGAGGGAAUUAUGCCGAAUUACACCCGUUGGGUGUUCCAUGGGGAGGCGUCUUCUUCAUCGACUUCCGGCCCUGCAACUAGUACACAUGAUGAUAUUCCUCCACGUGAUGACAUGCAUGGAUUGUUGCAUGAUGUGUUUGGAAUAUCAGGUGUGGAUGACAUGCCAACUGAGUUGCCAUCACAGGAGCCAAUACAAGAGGAACCGAAUCCUGAAGCUGAAAGAUUCUUCAGGUUGUUGCAAGACGCUGAACAAGCCUUGUACCCGGGAUGUAAGAAGUUCACGAAACUCUCUUUUGUUGUUCGAAUGUAUCAACUUAAGUGCUUAAAUGGAUGGAGCAAAAGUCAUUUACCAUGUUGCUUGAAUUGUUGA